GUCAGUCUAGCAUACGCUUUCGAAACCAAAGAUGCUCUCUGUCUCGUCUUGACUAUCAUGAAUGGCGGAGAUCUGAAGUUUCACAUCCACAAUAUGUCACAGACGUCGGGGUUUGGUGAAGCGCGAGCCAGAUUUUAUGCAGCCGAGAUAACUCUGGGUCUGGAGCAUCUUCAUUCUUUGCGCAUAGUUUAUCGUGAUCUUAAGCCGGAAAAUAUACUCAUCGAUGAUCAAGGUGAGCUCUCGUUUGCUUGUGUUAUCUUAGAGGAUGUUGAUAGAUUCUUUUGCCUUGGGACCUAA